GUAGAAUUAGUGCUGUUAGAAUACGUGAUGUGAUUAAGCUAGAUUUCCAUUUUAGAAUUAGUAAAUAGUCAACGAGCUUUUUUUUCUUCUUCCACCAAUGAAAUAAUAAACCCUAGUCAACAAAUUAUCUUGUACCACUAUUGAUGGAUAUUGGGCCAGUUGUAUAGCCCAUGAUAUGAUUUACAUAGUUGAGUACCAGUCAGUUAGCCCAUUAUUUCCGAAGUAAAAACGCCCGGCCCGGCCCGCUGGUGGUAUAUGGCGUGGUAUGAUGCUAAGGUUCAAUGAAUUAUGAUGCUAAGGUUCAAUUAAAUAUUAAAGAGGAAAUCGUCCAUUAAAAUUAAAAGGAAAAAGAUAAAAACCUUUCUAGGAGAGAGAGGGAUAUUAAUGUCUCAUGGUUACUAAUCAUAAGGUUACUGACCUGAUCCAUUUCCAAUGAAACUUGGGUAGGAAAUGAAUUAUGAUGCUAAGGUUCAAUUUUGGAUACCUAGGUGAGGUCCAUUGAUUUGUGUAUCGUUUUGGUCAUCAACUGUAACCUACUACCCAUGCUCCGUAAAAACAUAUGCCUUUUGCAUAUUCAAAAUUUGAUGGCUAAUGACUUCGACAACAUAAGUGAAUUGCUUAAUCCUAAUUCAACUAAUUGGUUCUUCAGUUACAUUACAUUUUACCAUAAGUAUUGUAUAUCAUCUCAUCUGGUUUCCUAUCAAUCAUUGAACCACUAUUAACCAGAAUAAACGGCUAAAUGAUGCAUGAAGUAAAAGCUAAUCAGCUACAUUCAGAGGCAAAAACCUCCCUGGGAAAGGAAGAACUGAUCAAACUAGUGGAUCACAAUAAAAGCUAUAUGCCUAUAUCCACCUAUGUCCCUCCAAGAGCAAAAAAAAAAAAAAAAAAAUUCUCUGGAAAAAGCAUUCGUCUGUCUUAAGUUUUAACCUCCCGUAACCAAGUCUCUCCAAGAGCUAAAAACCUUAGAAAAAACAACUGAGCUGCCGCACAGAUGCUCAGCAUAAACAAGGAGAAACAGAAUCAAGAAAGGCUCAAUGAUGCUACAGCACCUCGAACUAGAAAGGGAAGCAACUGUUAAGAAAAGGACAUCGAAAAGGACAAGGCAAUGUUUGUUCACCGUAAACAACGAGCCCCUCUAGAAAAGCCAUUGGUUGACCUCUUCUCAUGUCUCCUUCCUCGCAUACCUUCAUCCCACCCACCAUUUCUCUCUUUAUUCUCCAGCACUGAUUAGUUUAUAACUUGAUCUGAUGAAGACAACUGCAAACUCAGCUUUCAAGCUGAUGUCAAUUAGUUAUCAUCUCCAUUCAAGCUUUGUUUAUUGUUCCAGCCAGGCUCAUCACCUGCAACACUUAUACCUAACACCACCACUCACCAUCCUCUGACUUCUGCUGCUCCCCUCAAAGCCAUUAUUCCAUCUCAGUCAAUAAUUGAUUCUUCCAGCUUCUUGCAAUUUGGGUGUUCUCCAGUUUUUGGGUUUGAAUUUUGCUUCUUCCCAUAUGGGGAAGGAGACGAAGAGGAUAGUGGAUGAGUACGAGAUAGCAGAAGUCCUAGGCAGGGGAGGAUUCUCCGUGGUGAGGAGAGGCAUCAGGAGAACCUGCAGUAGUAAUGGAGAAAAAACAGGGGCAAGCCAUGUCGCCAUCAAAACCCUAAAGAGGCUUUUGACCCCUUCAGUUCCAGGGCCGGCGGCGGCAGCCCUCCCGCCGUGGAAGCACCAGGCUUCGGUUUCUGAUGCUCUGCUCACGAACGAGAUCCUGGUCAUGAGGAAAGUUGUGGAGAAAGUCUCCCCUCAUCCAAACGUGAUUGACCUUUACGAUGUGUACGAGGAUCAGAACGGGGUUCAUCUUGUUCUGGAGCUCUGCUCCGGUGGCGAGCUCUUUGAUCGGAUUGUGGGGAGGCACGACAGGUACUCGGAGCGGGAGGCGGCAACCGUUGUCAGGCAGAUUGCUGGAGGUUUGGAUGCGCUUCACAGUGCGAAUAUUGUGCACAGGGACUUGAAGCCUGAGAACUGCUUGUUCCUGAAUGAGAAGGAUGAUUCUGCGCUUAAGAUAAUGGAUUUUGGGUUGAGCUCUGUGGAGGAAUUCACUGAUCCUGUGGUUGGGUUGUUUGGUUCCAUUGAUUAUGUCUCGCCCGAGGCGCUCACCCAGGGGAAGAUCUCUUCCAAGAGUGAUAUGUGGUCUUUGGGAGUCAUCUUGUACAUUUUGCUGUCAGGGUAUCCGCCUUUCAUUGCGCAGUCAAACAGGCAGAAGCAGCAGAUGAUACUUGCGGGUGAUUUCCGUUUUGACGAGCGGAGUUGGAAGCAGAUCACAUCAUCUGCAAAGCAAUUGAUCACUGACCUUCUGCAAGUUGAUCCAAACAGAAGACCAAGUGCUCAAGAUGUUCUUAAUCAUCCAUGGGUGACAGGAGACUCAGCCAGAGAGGAACAAAUGGACCCGGAGAUAGUCACAAGGCUGAAGAGGUUCAAUGCACGAAGAAAGCUCCGCGCUGCAGCCAUAGCUAGUGUGUGGAGCAGCACAAUUUUCCUGAGGACCAAGAAGCUUAGAUCUCUGCUGGGAUCUCAUGAUCUUAGUGAGAGCGAGCUAGAGAACCUUAGAGCACAGUUCAAGAAACUAUGUGCGAAGGGUGACAAUGCAACUCUAUCAGAGUUUGAGGAGGUGCUCAAGGCAAUGAAGAUGUCGUCAUUAGUCCCUCUGGCGCCUCGAAUCUUCGAUAUGUUUGACAACAACCGAGAUGGGACGGUUGACAUGAGGGAGAUCCUCUGUGGGUUCUCAAGCCUGAAGAACUCCACAGGAGAUGAUGCCCUCCGUUUAUGCUUCCAGAUGUACGACACAGAUAGGUCUGGGAGCAUUACAAAGGAAGAAGUAGCCUCCAUGCUUCGUGCCUUGCCGGAGGAAUGCCUGCCAGCAGACAUUACAGAACCUGGGAAGUUGGACGAGAUAUUUGACAGGAUGGAUGCCAACAACGACGGCGAAGUGACUUUCGAAGAGUUUAAGGAUGCUAUGCAGGUCGACAGCUCUCUCCAGGAUGUUGUCCUCUCAUCUCUACGCCAAAAAUAGAAAGCUCCCAGCUUUUGGAAUGACAGAGAGUGCCCUAACCAGAACUUGAUAUCCAGCAACUUGCAUUAUGUUACCAAGGCACAUAAGGUUGCUGUGGAUGCAGGGUGUUUCAAAUGACUGGAAUAGAGGAAUAUGAGUCAUUCGCAUCAAUCUAAUCCGUUUGUAAUUUUUAGAUGUGGACUUACCUCAGCUGAUUGAGCAGCUUUAGUUACUAUAUUACUUCCUAAUUUCAUAUCAUAUACAAUUCAAUGUGAAAUCUACAUAUUUUGCUUUACCACAGUUUAAUUUUAAUACUUUGGCUUCUUAUAUUUGAAUUAUUUUCUUCUGAUUUUGACCAACCUUAUCAUAUUGUAUAAAAAAUAAAACUUGAGAGAUCAAGUGAUCUACGAUUCAAAAUAUAUAUAAUUGGUGAAAUUUACAUCAUUUGUUUUUUACACCUUUUUUGUUUCAAUACUUCCAAUUUAUAUAUUUCAAAAUUCAAGGAUUUUGACUCACAUUUACUAAAUUCAACCCACAAACACACCCAUAAUAAAUUAUUUGAUAAUACACAGUUCAACCCAUAUAACUAAUCUAUAAUGACCAGAACAACUAAUCUAUGUCACAAUGUUAGAAGAUCCAAACACUACAUUUUUUCCAUAUCCAAACACUUUUACUUUAGAAUGAUAAAAAUGACCAUUGACCAACAAUAAGAACCUAGUCCCAAAAGAACCAUCUGCGUUGGGCUUUAUCAUAAUGUGGCUCUUGCCCUGGCCCAGAUGGAUCCUAGACCAGCCUAGCCCACUGUAAUAAGAAUUGAGUAAGAAAGACCGGAAUAAGGA